AACUUUCUCAUUUGCUUCGAUCACAGUGUAGGUCAGCGGCAGUUGGUGUGCCUGGCCAGGUCGCUACUUCGCCGGACCAAAAUCCUGGUCCUGGACGAGGCCACGGCCGCCGUUGACAUGGAAACGGACUCCCUCAUCCAGAACACAAUCCGUGAGGCCUUCAGCUCCUGCACCAUCAUCACCAUCGCACACCGCCUCAACACCGUCAUGGACUACGACAGGAUCCUCGUGCUGGAUGAAGGGUUAGUGAAGGAGUACGACUCGCACGUGCUUCUUUCGAACAAAAAGAGUAUUUUCUACGGCAUGGCCAAGGACGCUGACCUUGUUUAAUAGGGUCAAGGAUGCUAACCCUGUGUAACUAUGGCAAAUGCUCUGAUAAAACUUUUCAUGUCUAAGGUGAUAACUCUAUAUAAAAUUAUCAAAAACGUUGUCGUCGGUGCGAUC